AUGAAGGCUACACAAUUCUCUUCAGCAGCUCUUGCCAUAGUCGGUACCAUUGGUCUUGUUCAAGCAGCGCCGCAAGCAUCAGUCAUUACCUCCUUCGAAUAUGAGGUGGUUACCUCAGAGUCAGUAGUCACGCGUACGAUACCAAAAUUCAUUACACUGAAAGACGCCGCCGGCUCUGCAACAGCCACACUUCUGGCAAGCGAUUCAAUCUCUACAUCAAUUUCCACAGCACGAUUCUCCAAUUCAUCCUCAGUCAUUCCCGUCGCGACUAAGACAGCAACCUCCGUAAAUUUAACCUCUAAUGGGGACAGUGGUAGCUCCAGUACCAUUUCUACCCCCAUCCUUCUUUCUACAGGUGUCUCUGGACCGCUCGAUAUAAGUUCAGCUGCAGGAGCGUUCGCCAAUGCCACAGCCUUGCCAGACGGACCUUCAACUACCCUGACGGUCUUCGCCACACAGAUAUCUACCAUUACAAGCUGCAAGCCCGAAGUGACUAAUUGUCCCGCCCGCAACUCUGCAUCUGCUGGAGUAGUAGUAACUCAGACAAUUGCUCUAACAACUACCGUUUGUCCAGUAGCAUCGGCUGAUGAAGUCAGCUCUUCGAUUGUCGCCUCUGCUAUUGCUAGCGGCAUUUCAGGUGUCACUGCGAUUGAAUCUGCUGCUACAACUGCAAGCUCGUUAGAAUCUUCAGUAAGCACAAUAUCUUCAACAGUGCUCGUACCAUCGCAAGCCUCUAUUUCCGCCAACCUUACCGCCUCCGCCGGCUCAUCUUUGAACUUGACCGGUACCUCUGUAUCGGGUAACUCUGGUGCUAGCGCAACGAGCUUGUCGGCAGCCAUUUCAUCUACCAGCGUUUCCACUUCGUUGUCAACACCAUCCACUAAUAUGAGUUCAAUCGAAGCUGUCGCCGCCACCUCCAGCUCCUCCAUAGUCUCCGCUGGUGUGUCAACUGUAUCAGGCGUUGCUCCAACAGUCCUGCCACCAUUUUUGAAUUCUACAGUGUCGGGGAACUCUGGUAUAAGCACCUCUGGCCCCGCCGGUCCAUCUACCACUCUCACUGUAAUCGCGACCCAAGUUUUUACCGUCACUUCUUGUGCAGCAUCAGUUACUGAUUGCCCAGCUCGUACCACCAAUAUAGGCGCAGUGAUCACUAAAACCAUCGCCGUCCUCACGACCGUAUGCCCAGUCGCUGACGCAUCCGGGGUUUCUUCUGCGGUCAUCUCGAGUGUUAGCGCAAGUGGUGUUGUCUCAACUGCUAUUUCGGUUUCGACCCCAGUGUCAAAUGGCGCACCUCUUCCCGCCGUUACCAUCACCUCGGUCGUCACUCUCGUAGCUCCCACGCCGGGUGCGAGUGUUCCUGCUUCUGGCCCAGCCGCUCUUCCUGCAAUUUCAACUGGAGCAAGUGUCGAGGAGAACAGCGGGGUCUCAGCAUCACUCUCAAAUGCGAAUCUGUCAACAAGCACCGCCAUCACUACCAUCGCUGGAGUGGAAAGCACGAUCACAACAAUCGUGACUGCUACUGCUGUUGUUGGCACCCCUGCACAAGGAACAGAUGUGUCUGAGAACAGCGGAGCCUCAGCGUCCCUUUCUGAGGCUGAUCUUUCAACCACUGUCGCUAUCACUACAAUCGGAGGAGUUGCAACUACCAUAACAAGCGUUGUAACAGCCACUGAGGUUGCCGUAGUCACCAUCACUCUCACCACUACCCCAGUAUCAACCGCGACCUUGAUCUCAACAAUCUCAUCCAACGGUGAAGCAAUUCUCACGACCAUUACCAGCACCUCCACGGGCGCACCUGUUCUCGUUACCAAGACUGCAGUUGGAGCCGGCAGUGGUGCUCUGCCAACCGCAAUCCCAACCUCCCUGGGUGGUGUCGCGGAAGGAGUAUGUCCUUGCGCACCAACUCUCACUUCUGGAGGCGCAAUUCCAACCCAAGGUCUUGCCUUUGCAGCAGGAGCGAAGAUCACCCUCGAAGGCACCGUAUACACCAUGGCCGCCAACGCCACUGGAAUGUUGAAAGAAUUCGGGGUCCGGGCUUCAGGUACCGCAUCUCGAGGAUUCGCACGACCAUCUGGUCGCUCUGCCCGUCUUCGUCUUUAA